GACAUUGAAAUAGAGGAGCAAUCCCAUUUUGCCAUGGUGAACUCAAAGACUGCAGCUCCAACUGUGGUGCAGCUGAUUUUGAGCCAAACUGAGAAAGUUCUGGAAGAAGUAGACUGGCUGAUCACAAAACUGAAGGGCCAGCUGAGCUCUGACAAAGAACUGACAGAUGAGAACUCUCAAAUAUCAACGACAAGAGAACCUGCAGAGAAAGCUAUUGUCCUUCAAUUGGGCAUCCUUUUGACUGCUUUCCAUGAGCUUAUCCAAACAUCCAUUCCAGCUGGGAGCUGUGUGGACACUCUCUUGAAAGAGCUUGCUAAAAUGUACAGCAUUCUUACCUCCUUGGUGAAAUACUAUAUUCAAGGUUACACUGGUCAUGUGGCACAUCUUCCUGCAAGAUUUGAAAAACUGGUUAAACUUUCAGGAUCACACCUGACCCCACAGUGCUAUGCUUUCAUAACCUAUGUUCAG